UACGUCCAAUAUGUACCAACAGAAACAACAAUUAUUUGUAUCUCAAAGUGACCCAAAAAUUCUCUGGAUCAUCUUACUACUUCUGACAGUCACAUCGUCGUCAGAUGCUGUAAGUCUAUCCGGGUCGUCUGAGUACGCUGUCCCUGGGACUGAGUUUACACUGACGUGUGAUGUACCAGAGGAGGCCAAGUUUGUCCUGUUUUACCGCCGUCCUAACGUCACUACUCCAGUAGGUAGUAUACAAGUAGAUGGUGACCAAUGUUACAACAUCCAAGUCACCCGACCCGUCCCCUGUACACCGGAUGUCUGUUCCUGUGUAACGUCUGGAGUACACUUUGGUACAGUGUUCCGGUGGAUCAUACAGCCACAGACGGGAGACCAUGGAUCUGUGUGGUACUGUAGACGUACCAACUAUAACCUACCUAAUCGAAGACUGAACAGUGCUGACUAUACACUCAAUGUGGCAGAUCAGGGAAUGACGAUUCGAUACUUGAUGAACCGGAACCACAGUCGAGCUUUGAACACCCAUGAAGUAUUGCUGCAGGUGCUGCUAACCUGCCUCAGCCAACAGAACAUAGAAUUCAAACAAGGGGGUAAGUAA